GUCCUUUUUGUUUUUUAUCUUCCUUACUUUGGCUUAUCAGUUUUAACAAACAACCUUCUUCUUCAUCUCAUAUACUUUGGGGCUUGUACUUGUCGCCAACCUUUUCCCUUCUACAUACUACAUCACAAAGUUCAUCGUCUCUCUGUUUGGACUUGAUCUAUAUAUCUUUUUCUAUUAUUGUAUAUAUUGAACUUCCAUAUAAUCCACUCUAAACAUACUACACCCAUAUAUUUCCAAUACCAUUGCAAAAUGAUUCAAGUAUUCGCUAAGCGUCUUCUGCUUGAUCAACAUGGCAAAGCUACCAACUUUCGGCUCCAUACUUUGCAGUUCCCGCAUAUGAGAGCUUUGCAUCUUGCCUGGUUGAGCUUUAUGGUAGCGUUCAUGUCAUGGUACGCUAUUCCUCCUAUUGUCUAUCACAUUGCUGAAGAUUUGGGUAUCUCUUCUGUGGAAAUCUAUGAUUCCAACAUGGCAGCCGUCUCUAUCACCAUCGUCGCUCGUCUCGUAGUCGGUCCGCUCUGUGAGCGCUAUGGUCCUCGUCGAGUGAUGGCUUUAAUCUUGGUUUGCGGUUCCAUUCCUUGCGGUAUGACAGGUCUGAUCACUAAUGGUGCCGGUCUCAUUGGCCUUCGAUGUGUCAUUGGUAUUCUCGGCGCCACAUUUGUUCCUUGCCAGUUCUGGACAACCCAAAUGUUUGCUCCUUCUGUUCUUGGCACAGCCAAUGCCAUGUCGGCUGGUUGGGGCAACAUGGGUGCCGGUAUCACCUAUCUCUUAAUGCCUGCCAUAUAUGACGGUAUUCUCUCGCAUACCACUAAUGCGAUCGCCUGGCGCACUACCUUUAUCAUUCCUUGCUGCAUUUGUCUCCUCGUGGCCGGUCUCGACUUUUUCUGUGCCACUGACACUCCUCACGGCGAUUGGUUGAAAUUGCGUGGUUCAGAACAAGACUCCAGCAACGCGUCAUCCAGUGAAGUCUCUAGCACGGACGAAAAUCCCGACCCAAAGGCAGAAAAAGGUCAGCAGCACGUCGUCGCCGCCAACCCUGUUGUGUCUGAAGGCACCGUCAGCCUUGAAAAGGGUGCCUUUACAGGCGUUGAAGAAAAGGGCGCUUUUACAGGCGUUGAAGAUAGUGAAUCGCUCCAAGACGUCAAGAGGAACGAAUCGAUCAAGGAUGCCUUCUUUGGUUUCCUGUGCGUGCUCUGCAAGCCAGCCGUAUUGAUUAUGAUUGUCCAUUACGCAUGCUCCUUUGGAACUGAACUUGCUGUUGAUAACGUCAUUGGUCAAGUCUUCCGCGAACAGUUUGCUCUGGAUAAUUCAACUGCUUCUUACAUUGGUUCGAUUUUUGGUCUGCUCAACAUCGUCUCGCGUUUGUCAGGUGGCCUCUUUUCCGAUUAUUUGGCCAAGCGAUAUUAUUUAUCCGGUCGCAUUCUUGCACACUGCAUCUGCAUGGUUCUAGAAGGCAUCUUUUUGAUCGCCUUUAGCUUCAGUCUCGUCAACUUGACCACAGCUAUUGUCCUCAUGAUCUUCUUCUCGUUCUUCGUCCAGGCCGUCUGUGGCUCUACUUUUGGUAUUGUUCCCUUUGUCGAUCCACUCAACAAUGGCAAAGUCAUGGGUAUCGUUGGUGCCGGUGGCAACCUGGGUGGCCUUAUUUUCAACUUGAUGUUCCGCGAAUUCUCCAGUAACUUUGAAAGUGCCUUUUUGUGUCUUGGUUGCAUUGCUCUUGGAACUGGUCUUAUUGGUAAUGCCAUUCUGCGCGUCCAAGGCAAGAUGAUUUGGCACUGCUUCAAUGGCAAACAUGCUGCUUAAAGGGGUCUAUCGAGAUCUCUUCUCUCCUUCUUUCCCUCCUAAAAUACUAUGGCGCAGCACUACUGUUCCACUCUUGCUCUCCAUCAUACGAACACAUCUCCACCCCUUUAUGGGCUUAUUUGCAUACAUGCAUUUUUCCUUUGGUAUCUUGAUCCCUUACUUCGUCAAAAUCCUCCUUUCCUUUUGAAGUUUAUUUAUUCGCUUGUUACACGCAAACAUUUCUUUUUUGGCUUUGCCCUUUUUUUUUAUUAUACCUCUUGCCUUUCUUUUAUUUUCCUCUGUGUAAUUAUUUAUUACUGUAUUCUUUGGCUUUCCUCAUAUUUACUA